AUCAACUCAGAACAAGGGCCGCAAGCUGCUGGCCAAGAUGGGCUGGAAGGAAGGUCAAGGUCUUGGCAAGGACAAUACAGGAAUAGCAGAACCGAUCAAUGUGAUGCUGAGGACCAAUCAGGCAGCUGGAUUAGGGUCUGGGGCAGCAGUUCAGAAGAGCCUAGAUGACGUGCAGACGGCGGGGAAGAGUCAGCGAUGGCUGCAGGCCCAGAAGAGAUACAACAAGCUGGCUAAGCAGACUGUUGAUCUAAGCAAACCCACAAACAUGUCCCUCUCCUUCAAGAAAGGCCCAACCAUCAAACUCCAGCCAAAGGUUGACCUUGGGGCAGGAGAAUCUGAUGAGGAUGGAGACUGACUUGAUGGAGCAGUUUGUGCAGAACUCCCGUCAAAGGAUACCCAACACAUGUGAUCAGAUACUGAUCUGUCAGCCAGUCGAACAGACCUGUAUCACUGUGUGCUCAUUCCCACAGUGAACUUAGGCCCUGAAGGAGUGUGUCCCGGGAAUGGUUUUGAAAACAGGAACUUGCGACAAUCCAGGAGGUGAUGUUGCGAUGACCAGUUUCACAAAGCUGAUGAUCAGUUCUUCAUCAUUCACUCGGGUGGUGGGGUGGGUUAGCCUUGUGGUUAAAGCGUUUCGCUCAUCACGUUGAAGACCCUGGUUCGAUUCCUCACAUGGGCAAAACGUUUGAAGCCCAUUACUGGUCUCCUACCUGCCAUGAUUUGGCUGGAAUAUGGCUAAAAGCGUCAUAAAACCAAACUCAGACACUCAUAAUUCAUUAUAAAAAACAUUAAACAUGUUCACUUUUUUUUGUUGCAAUUAUGAUCUAUUCCCAAGUUCCAACUUGUCACAUUGGCAAGAGGGUAUUUCCAGGCAGGAUUGAUUGUGUUAUGAAACAAGACAUUUCCUGAACUUGGUGAUCUCUUGACAGCUAUAGCUAAUGCUGGAAGUUAUCCAGGACCAGGUUGUAUCAGGACUUAAGUGAUACAUUCAUGUGUCAUAGCACCCCUGUUACUGAACGUGCAAUAAUGUGUUGGUUUUAUCAAACUACAACACUAUGCCUGCAUUAGCUACCCAUCAUCAUGAUGGAGGUCACUUACGAACCCGCAACACCAAGCAUGUAAUAAUAGGUACUAUGUACUAAUAUGACUUUCCAAUAUUUGGAGUUGAGAGAAUGUUUUCACAUCCUUAGCCUAGACAGUGUAGAUGACAUGAAACUAAAAAUACUGUUUGCUAACGAGGAAUUGUUGAAAAGUUAUAACAUGUAUAUGGGAAGACCCUGAUUUAAAGACACCUUCCUGAAAAUCUCACAUUUUAAGUAUGAUUAGUUAAUGACAGAUAAAUUCCUACUUUGUACAAUAUUUAUUGGUGUGACCAUUAAGUAAUGAAACAAGUAGGGUUUAGUGUGUCCAGUGGUCAAUGAGUGUUGGAUACUGUGUCCAGAUAACAUGAACAGUGGAGCAUUGACUCACACUUUGUCAAAUUAGAUGGAUGUGAUUUGUUUUGUUGUUUAUUUGGUUGAUCUUUAUCCAGUGUUGCUCAAAUUGUGACAAUCAUGUUAACCUGUGGUCGAUUAUGUAUAAUUAAAAAAAAAAACAAUU